GGAGCCGUCUUCAUCAUGCUGAAAUCGGCGCUGGGCGCGGGGCUGCUGAGCUUCCCCUGGGCCUUCGGCAGGGCCGGUGGGGCCGUCCCCGCCCUCCUGGUGGAGCUGGGCUCACUGGUCUUCCUGGUGAGCGGGCUGGUGGUGCUGGGCUACGCAGCAGCCCUGAGUGCCCAGCCCACCUACCAGGGAGUCAUCCGGGCGGUGUGUGGGGCAGCAGUGGGGAAGCUCUGCGAGGUCUGCUUCCUCCUCAACCUCUUCAUGAUCUCCGUGGCCCUCCUCAGAGUGGUGGGCGACCAGCUGGAGAAACUGUGCGACUCCCUGUACCCCAAUGGGACACUGAGCGGGGCGCCCCUGCCACCCCCCUGGUACGUGGACCAGCGCUUCACCCUCUCGGCUCUCUGUGCCCUCGUCAUCUUCCCGCUCUCUGUCCCCAGGGAGAUCGGCUUCCAGAAGUAUUCCAGCAUCCUGGGCACACUGGCUGCCUGCUACCUCACCCUGGUCAUCGUCCUGAAAUACUACCUGCAGGCAGAGAGCCUGGGCUUGCCUGAGUCCCCCCAGCCCACCAGGGCCUCCUCCUGGACUUCCGUCUUCAGUGUCAUCCCCACCAUCUGCUUUGGCUUCCAGUGCCACGAGGCCUGUGUGGCCAUCUACAGCAGCAUGCGCAACCAGAGCUUCGCCCACUGGGUCGCUGUCUCCGUGGUCUCCAUGCUCAUCUGCCUGCUCAUCUACUCCCUUACUGGGCUCUAUGGCUACCUGACCUUCGGCAAGGCUGUGGCAUCUGACGUCCUGAUGUCCUACCCAGGGAAUGACCCGGUGGUCAUCGUUGCCCGCCUGCUCUUCGGCGUCUCCAUCAUCACCAUCUACCCCAUCGUGGUGUUGCUGGGCAGGUCGGUGGUGCGGGACAUGUGGGUGCCCCCCAAGCGCAGGGUGGUGGCAGUGCCUGAGGCACGGGAGCGAUGGAGCCGGGUGGCACUGACAGUGGCCUGGAUGGCCACCACACUUGUCAUUGCCCUCUUUGUCCCGGACAUUGGCAAGGUCAUCGAGCUCAUCGGGGGCAUCAGCGCCUUCUUCAUCUUCAUCUUCCCAGGGCUGUGCCUGGUGUGCAUGACUGGGACCUGCACCCUUGGGCCACGCAAAAAGGCUGCACUCAUCGCCUGGGGUGUCCUCUCCGUGCUCGGGGGUGCUUUCGUCUGCGGGCAGAGCGCUGCCUUGGCCGUGCUGGGGCUGCUGCGCUGA